AGAAUUUUCUCAUCUUCAACCUGCAGCAUCUGCCCAGCCCGGCCCGGCUCCUCAUCCGCAUCAUCUUCAUCUGUAUCAGAACAAAGGCUUAACUCGUAACAUUUACAUCUUGCAAACAGUGAGAGUGCCGCCGUGUUCCGGACCAAUCGCCAUGGACAAGAGAAGCAGCCAGUAUGAUUCCUUCCUGUUCUGGAGGCAACCCAUCCCGGCGUUGGAUAUGUCUGAGCUGCGAGACCUGGGUUUGCUCGACGCCGGAAAUGAGUCUGUCGGAUCAGGCCGGCAAGAGGAAGAGCUGAGCGAGUUCUCCUCAUUCAACUAUUGGAGGGAGCCCAUCGCUGACGUGGAUGCACUCCUCGCCGACCUCAACCUGCUACUCUGAACGCCGGCCUUUAACCUCCGACCCUGCAUGCAUUUGUAACUUAACUUAAAAGUCACUUUGCUUGUCACUUUAUUUUUUCAUGUUUUGAAAUCCAAAGUUGUAUUCGGUUUGAACAUAUUUGAAGCCAUGUUGUUGUAUUUAUUACCUGCUACGGAUCAUGAGCAGGCCUCACUAGUCUUUUGAAUGUACUACCACUUGAAACAAUUAAACAGUGGACAUUAAAGCAAUUUGCAAAGCCAA